UCUUAUAUAACUAUAAGUCGCAAUCUCAACUCCUUCGAAGUCUACUAUUCUACUGUCUAGUGUCUACACUACGACUACGGUCGUCACGAAAGUACGACACCACUUAAAGUUGCAAUGUAGUUAGUUUCUAGAAUUUAAUGAUCUUUAAAUAACAAAUAAAUAACUAUAAUUAAUAAUAUGUAAAACAAUCUUAAUUUAGUUUAAAUAUUGAAGUUAAUAAUAAUAUUUUAGAUUUUGAAUUUAUUUGUAUUCAGGAGAGAUUUUAUUCGUCACUGGUAAUUUGUAGUAUAGUAGAAAAAACAAAAAAUAAUGGAAGUAUUUAUUAGAGACUGUCUGGCUUUGUAAUGUAUACAAUUAAAAAGAAAAAUAAAUGAAGGGAUAAAGAGCUUAGUUGAUGAUUUUUCUUCAAAAGAGAUACACCUUAUGGCCAUGCAAGGAAAGAAGAAAAGUAUGAAUAUUAAAUCUAAAGGGCGAAAGUUAAAUUGGAAGUUAUUUCUAUCAAGAUUAAUUUUCAGUUAAAUUUAAUGGCGUUAACAUUUGGUGAUAAUAUACAUACUAAAACUUUCACUCCUCAAGAAUACCUAGUUGAAGUUCUAAGUUCAGCUAAAAACAAAAAUGUAAUUAUUUCAUUAGGAGGUAUAACAAAUAAAGUAUUUGUUAUUUUGAAUCUUAUUCGAGAACUUGCCUUUAAAAUUCACAGGAAAUUUGAAAAAAAAAAAUGGACUUUACUAAUUUUAGAAGAAACAGAAAUUGAUCAAUACAUGUUUUCUAUCCGGCAUUUGACCAAUUUAAAACCAUUAUUGAUUAAAUCAUUCAAUCAUUUGAAUUUUAAUAACUAUGAAGUAAUUGUUAUUACUGAAAACCAAUGCUUAGAAAUGCUUGAAAAAAAUUAUAUAGAUUUUGAUCAGCUGAACUUAGUUAUAUUCAAUAACUGCCAGAAAAUAACUGUGAAAAAUAGUACUUAUUUUAAGAUUUGUAACUUUAUCAAGGCUAAUAGCAAAUGUAGAAUUUUAGGGAUUGUUCAUCCAUUAUUUGAAUUUGAUUCUGAUCCAUUCUUCAUUGAAGAUCAAAUGAAAUUUAUAUCGAAUAAAUUGUUUUCAUCUAUCGAGACUGCCAGCGAUAUUGUUUCUAUUUUACGCCACUGUUGUAAACCUAAAGAAGUUCUCAUUGAAUGUGCUGUUCAAACGGAAGAUGUUAUCAAUACUACAAUAAAAUCUAUGGUACAAAGCUUAACUGAAUUUUUAAAUGACCAUAACUUUGAGCCUGCUAUCAUAUAUGAAGAUGAUGAAGAAUAUGGUGAAGAAUUAAAACAAAUAACUCACCCUAAAAAUGAACCCUUACAAAUGAUAGCUGAUUUUUUGGAUGUUUUAAAAACAAUGGGUCCAUAUUGUGCAGAUAAAGCUGCUUUGACACUUCUAUACAUGGUAGAAAAAUUAAAAGUUAAAACAAAAUAUGAAAGACAUUAUAUUUUGCUGUGUAUUGUUUCUACAUUAUUGAUUCAAAUAAGAGCAACGUUUGAUGAUAUUUUCUAUAAUUAUAGUAAUAUUGAUAAAAUUCUUAAAUUUAGUUCCCCUCGUGUGCUACGAAUUAUUAAUAUUCUCAAACAAUAUAAACCAAAAUCUUUUAGAGCAGAUAAUAACAAUGUUGAAGUGUGUAAUGAUCAAAAAGAAAAAAAAGAUAGGACCUUAAAAUCUAAAUCAGUAAGACGUAAUUGGAAAUUAGCUAGAAGAUAUGGAACUCAUAGAAAACAAGGACGAUCAAGAGAUCAAUACGAAGAGACUGUUUGUGCUAUAGUUCUUGUAAACAACAAAAUGACAGCUUCUAUUUUGUACUAUUUGUUUUUAGAUUUGAAAAAUAGUAAUAAAGAAGAUUUUGGUUGGAUCCAACCUCAAUACACAGUAGAUAAAGAAGCAGACCCAAUUACUGAACCUAAAGAAUUUGAAAUUGAACAUAAAAAGCAAGAAGAAACUUUAAGAAGGUUUCGACAAAGAGAAUGUAAUGUACUUAUUGGAACUAAAGUAUUAGAAGCAGGAAUUGAUUUACCUCGAUGUAAUUUAGUAAUUAAUUAUAAUAUACCACUUUCAUAUAAAUCCUAUUUAAGAUCUAAAAGUAGGGCAAAAACAUUAGAUGCUCAUUAUAUUUUAAUGUUUGAUGAAAAUGCUACUUCAAGUAUUUUAUCUUGUUUAAAACUUUAUAAAGACAUUAACAAGAUGUUAUUAAGUCAUUGUGCUUUAAAAGAUAUUAACAUGGAAAAUGAAAUCUAUGCUGAUAGAUAUAAUUGGUGUGUUACACCAUUCAAACCAGGAAAAAAGGAAGAUUCAGCAUUUGUGGAUAUGGCAUCAGCCAUUGGUCUUGUAAACAGGUACUGUGCAAAACUACCUAGUGAUACUUUUACCAAAUUAUCUCCAAUUUGGAAGAUACAAUCAGUAAUAUAUGAGAAUCAACCAAUGUUUGUCUGUAGUAUUCGACUUCCAAUCAAUUCACCAAUUAAACAUGAUAUACAUGGUCAUCCAAUGCCAUGUGAAAUUUUAGCAAAAAGAAUAGCUGCAUUAGAAGUGUGUAGACAAUUACAUUCUCACGGUGAACUAGAUGAUACCCUUCAACCUAUUACAAAAGAAUCAUUUCAUGCUUUGUUCAAUGCUGAUGAAGUACUGCCUGAUGCUGAAGAUUCCUUAAUACCUUGGGACACUGAAGAGCCUAGACCGGGAACAAAUAAACGUCGCCAAUACUACUAUAAAAGAAUUGCUGAGGCACUGAAUGAUUGUAGACCAGUUGAAGGCAAGCCUUGUCAUUUGUAUGCUAUAUUAUUAAAUAUGAAUUGUCCUGUGCCAGAAGAACAAAAUACUAGAGGUCGAAGAAUUCAUCCACCUGAAGAAUCUGUUCAUGGUUUUGGUAUACUUACAACAAAACAUAUUCCAAGUAUUCCACCAUUUCCUAUAUAUACUCGAUGUGGUGAAGUAUAUGUCAGUCUAAAGCCAAUUAAAACAAAUAUGUUGCUAACGCAACAUCAAUUGAAUGAUAUAGCCACAUUUUUAAAUUAUACAUUCACCAAUGUACUACGUUUGCAGAAAUGUCAUGUGGCAUUUGAUCCAACUACUACUCACAAUUGUUAUUAUAUUGUGCCAACUUUAAGAGAUACAAGUGGAUCAAUAGAUAUUGAUUGGAAUUUCUUAGAUAAUAUGCAUAAAUGUAAAGAUACUAAACUAAGUAUUAUAACUAAUGAAGAUAGAAUAAAUUUUCAACCUGAUAUUGAAGUAUUAAAAGAUGCUGUUGUUACACCUUGGUACAGAAACCAAGAACAACCUCAGUAUUUCUAUGUAGCAGAGAUUUGUACACAUCUAAAUCCAAAAUCACCAUUCCCUGGUUCUAUAGAAAACUAUAAAACAUUUGAAGAUUACUACAAUCUUAAAUAUAAUUUAAAAAUCCAAAAUCUUGAACAACCUCUUUUAGAUGUGGACCAUACUUCAGCAAGAUUAAAUUUUCUAACACCAAGGUACAUGAAUCGUAAAGGUGUAAUUUUACCUACAAGUAGUGAUGCGACUAAAAGAGCUAAACGAGAUAAUUUAAGUCAAAAACAAAUUCUUGUUCCUGAACUUUGUAAUGUACAUUUAUUUCCAGCAUCAAUGUGGCGUAAAGCUGUUUCUUUACCAUGUAUAUUGUACCGUAUUAAUGCUCUAUUGUUAGCUGAUGAGAUUCGUACUAUUGUUGCCAAGGAUAUAUCUUUAGGAUCGCUUAACUUAAGUUUUGAUCACAUCUGGGAGCCUUUAGAUUUUGGCUGGACCAUGAAAGAUGUAUUAAUAAAAAGAAAAGAACAAAAAGAAAAUAGUGUAGUAAAAAUUGUGGAACCGGUUGAAAUUGUUAAACAUUUUGUAGUUGAAGAAAUAAAUGAAGAAAAAGUAGAUAAAUCAAAUGACCCUAAUUGGAUGGAUAUAGGAACAUGGUCUAAUGACAUGGCUGAUUUUGCAAUGAAUAAUAUUGAUAAUACAACAAAUGUAAGGUAUUCGUCUCCAACUAGUUGGAUGGUUCAAAGUGAUAAUGAAUCAAGCACAUUUAGUGAUACUGAUUCAGAUGAUGAAAUUCAAGUUGAUGGAUUACAUUCGAAUGGUUUGCGCAUAGAAUUUAAAAAUACUUAUUUAGCUGAAGCUGUCGAUGAAAAUGAUUCCAAAACAAAUAAAUUAUUUUUUUUCAAAAACAAUGAAACAAAUGAAAAUUCAUGGAUUUGGAAUGAGAAUUGUCACUUUGUACCUAACUAUAAUUCUAAUGAAAUAGAUAAACAAAUUACAAAUUUAUUGUAUAAAAAAGAUGAUGAAAUAAUUAUUAAUCGAGAAGUAAAAAGUUGUACUAAUAUUGAUAGCUCAUCUUUAUUAAAAUUACCAUGGGAAUUAAAUUCAGACACUGGUUAUGGACUUCCAGACAUUAAUAUUUUAUCAAAUAACACUUCAUUUGUGCCUAAAGAUAAAAAAUGUAUUAAAAAUGGAGUACACUUAAACAAUAAAGCAAUUGACAAUAUCAAUAGAGUUCAUGAUACACAAAAUGAAACAUUUAGUUUUGACUUUCAGCCAGACUUAAACAAUCAUCCAGGACCAAGUCCUAGUGUUUUACUACAAGCAUUAACUAUGUCAAAUGCAAAUGAUGGAAUUAAUUUAGAACGUUUGGAAACAAUAGGAGAUUCAUUUUUAAAAUAUGCUAUCACAGCUUACUUAUACUGUACUCAUGAUAAUGUUCAUGAAGGAAAACUGAGCCAUCUUAGAUCGAAACAAGUCAGUAAUUUGAAUUUGUAUCGUCUAGGUAAAUUAAAAAUGUUUGGCGAACGUAUGAUAUCUACAAAAUUUGAACCUCAUGAUAAUUGGCUACCACCCUGUUACUUUGUGCCUCAUAAAUUAGAAAAAGCUCUUAUUAAUGCUAGUAUACCAACUUCAUUGUGGAAUAUGAUAACACUUCCCACAUUUAAGGAUCCUACAGAUAAAGAAAUUGAAGAAGUUAUCCAACAGUUCAAAGUGGGCUUCUCAAAUGAGGACUUAGAAAAUACUCCUUUGUUCGUGCCUUACAACCUUGUUACUCAACAUAGUAUUCCCGAUAAAAGUAUUGCUGACUGCGUAGAAGCUUUAAUUGGUGCUUAUUUGAUAUCUUGUGGAGCUCGUGGAGCAUUAUUAUUUAUGUCUUGGCUAGGAAUAAGAGUAUUACCUUCGCUAGACGAUUCAAAAUUAGGUUACCUCAAACCACCAUCUUCUCCAUUAUUACGUAAUGUUCAUGAUCCUGAAGGUGAAUUAGCAAAGUUAAUGAAUGGAUUUGAAUCUUUUGAACAGCAUUUAGGAUACCGUUUUCAAGAUCGUAGUUAUCUAUUACAAGCAAUGACUCAUGCUUCUUAUCAUCCCAAUCGUUUAACUGAUUGUUACCAACGAUUAGAGUUUCUGGGUGAUGCAGUUUUAGAUUAUUUAAUUACGCGACAUUUAUAUGAAGAUAAAAGACAACAUUCACCUGGAGCUUUGACAGAUCUUCGUUCAGCACUAGUCAAUAAUACAAUUUUUGCAUCCUUAGCUGUUAGAAAUGGUUUUCACAAGUAUUUUAAACAUUUAUCUCCGGGUUUGUCUGAAGUUAUUUGUAGAUUUGUAACCAUACAAGAAGAGAAUGGUCAUACUAUUGAUGAAGAGUUUUAUUUCUUGGGAGAAGAUGAUUGUGAAGAAGCUGAAGAUGUUGAGGUUCCAAAAGCCCUUGGCGACGUUUUUGAAUCGGUUGCCGGAGCAAUUUAUUUGGAUAGUAAUAUGUCAUUAGAUACAGUGUGGAAAGUUUAUCAUAAAAUAAUGGAAAAUGAAAUGGAGCAAUUUAGUAAAAACGUACCAAAAUCUCCUAUCAGAGAGCUUCUAGAAUUAGAACCAGAAACUGCUAAAUUUAGCAAACCUGAAAAAUUGGCAGAUGGUCGACGAGUCAGAGUAAUAGUUGAAAUAUUUGGCAAAGGAGAAUUUAAAGGUAUUGGUCGGAAUUAUAGAAUUGCUAAAUGCACUGCAGCCAAAUGUGCCUUAAAGCAUUUAAAGAAAAAGAUAAAGAAAUAAAUUAUAGUCUUUAUUAUACAGUAUUAAUUGGAAACAAGUACAUUAAGUGAUUUAUGUUGAAAUAUGGAAUUUAUUUUAGAAUUAAUUAAAGUUACUACUUUAGAUUAUUAA